CCCUCGCUCAUGCUCCCCACCCGCAGAAGGUGGUGAGAUGGCACUGCAGUUUGAAGCCUUCUGUGCAGGGGGCCUGGCCCCGGGCUGGAGCCUGCUGGUCCAGGGACACUCUGACUCUGGAGAGGACAAGUUUGAGAUCAACUUCCUGUCUGAGGCGGGGGACAUUGCCUUCCACGUCAAGCCCCGCUUCUCCAGCGCCACCAUGGUGGGCAACACCUUCCAGGGUGGCCGCUGGGGCCAGGAGGAGGUGUCCGGCGUCUUCCCGCUGGUGCUGGGGGAGCCUUUUGAGAUGGAGGUGAGCUCGGAUGCGGAGCACUUCCACGUCCACGCCCAGGACCACAAGGUGCUACAGUUCGCACACCGCCACCGGCCGCUGGCGGGCAUCACCCGGGUACAGGUGCUGAGUGACCACCGCCUGGCCCAGGUGGAGCUGGCCAGGAGGGACCUGAGUUGGUGGGAUGGGGGCCACUGAGCUGCGCCUGAAGUCCCCGGAGGGAGCCUAAGCCAUCAGCUGUCUCCUGUCCCUGGAGCCCACCCUGGGGGAGGAGGGGGGGCUGGUGGUCUGUGCUUCUGGGCCCCUCCCCACUCCACCUCCACCUUCAAUAAAGUUUGAGCAGGCUGCA